GACUGACAUCACAUUCAGAAACCUUUAAAUUUCCCAGAAAAACUGGAAACGAGCAGAAUCUGACCAGUCCUGAAUCCAUACAGGACAGAAUAAAAAGCGAUUAACUGGAAAGAUAAAAGUGCAGAGAAGCCUGAUUGUUUGAAACAAAUUUUUGAUUUUUUGUUUUUUUUACUCCUUUUGACGACAUCUAUGAUGAACAUGUUCUCACCUUCUUCAUCACUCAUCAUUAUUGUUCUGCCCAUGUUCGCUGUUUUUAUUCAAGGGAGGCCAGCGGCUCAUCGCAGACAACAUGAGACCCUAAUUGACCUGUUUGGUAAGGAGUUGGGUGGUUUGCUGGCAGACAUGGAAGUCGUGGAGGGUUCUUCAGGCGAAGAUGCAAGCCUUCCUCUCAGACAUUCGUCCUUUCUCCCUAGAAGGAGGGGCAUGCGUGAUGCCAUGGAUACAGAGGCUGUGACUGGCAACCAAGCAUGGCUUCGCCUCUUCAAGGACUUCAUGAGCAGCCAGAAGAUGUUUCGUGGGCGAACGAAAAAGACUCAGGGUCGUGGCUGCUUUGGGAUGAAAUUGGACCGCAUCAGCUCCAUGAGUGGCCUGGGCUGCUAGUUGCUAGGAUCGGCCAGGGCGCUCACGCUGAGGCACAACACGCCCAAAGCCUCCACGACUCCCGCUAUCGUCAACGGCCAGUCACACCAGCUCCUCACAAUUGCUCAGCUGGAAUGA